AUGUAUGCAAAAAGGUGUAGCGGCUUUUUGGACGCCGUGGAGACGCUCCUGCGUAAGGCCGCAUCCCGCAGCAGCUUCAGCUCCAUUGUUGUGAAGAGGCUUCGGGGAAAGCCACUGAACAUUGACGCUGUGAGGAGGAGCAACAGAAGGGGGGACAAAUACGGAGAGGAGACACGAAGUAGUAAAUAUCAUCUCCACGAAAAAGAGCAACAACUUCCUGGGCAGGACCCAGUAGAGGAAAGAAACAAAAGGAAAAGAAUAACCAAGCUGUGUAAAUUGCUAAGCGAUAAUUUGAAAAAUGGGAAAUAUGAAACGUACGAGAAGAACCUAAGUUAUGGAUUAUCUGUGGCUGAAAAUCCAAUCGAAUUGUCGCAGCUGAUUAACUCAAUCAGUAAAGGGGGGUACUACAGUAAGGGGGUGAAGGAAAUUUACACAAAACUGGUGGACAAAGCUUCGGCCAUCUUCCAGAAUGUCCCCGUGAUGAGCAUAAGCUUAAUUUUGAAUAGCAUGCUAAAGUUGGACGUAUACAAUGAGAACUUUUUGUUUUUAUUUUUCAAAAAUGUGGACCAAAUUUUGGAUGAAAGUAAUGCGGUUGAUUUGACCAUCCUUUUUCAUUUUUACGUCAACGGGAUGGGGCGCUUUAGCGGAAGUGCUAAUCCUCACUGGGUUAUGCCACCUCUCGGAGAUGCCUCCCCAGGUGAGCAAAGCCAAGUGUUGCUGAACUCAUUUUUGAGAAGACUGCACAGCGUGGUGCCAUCUUUACAGGUGCACGGCAUAUCGUCUGUACUGCGAUGUGUUAAGAAGUUGGUGAUGGGGGUGGCGAGGGAAGGCGAACUGGGUGGGAGAACACUCGAUGGGGUUAAGCGGUUAGACCACGUGGAGACCAUUCACCAGGGGAAGAAUCACCCCUGUGAGUCCCCCACACAAGGAGAAGCCAACCGGAAUGGCCACCAAAACAGGGAGUCAAUUUUGGAGCUAAUCACGCAAAUAAACUCCCGCCUUAGAAAUACCUUUUACGAAAAAAUGGCCCAGGCGAAUACACAGCAGCUUUGCAACAUUUUAGAAGACUUGCAAUUUUUUAACCUCAUCGAUAAUGACUGUUACUAUGAUGUGUUGUGCAGAUUAAAAGGGUCCAUACAACGAGGGAAGGAACUGAAGGAUAUGGACUAUGUGAAUGUCCUAAACACUAUCAAGAGUAGGAAUAUAAAGCACCACGAUUUGUUGCCCUUUUGUUAUUUUUCAUUUCUGUUUGACUCGCUGAAGGUGGAGGACUUUUCUCAUUUUCACUACGACCGUGUGGCUGAGCUAGCCAAAAUUAUUUUUUAUUUUAAAAAGGUUUAUCAUGUGAACUUUUGCAUGAACAAGAUGGAAUUAUUUUUGGAUAAGAACGACACCAACUUGAUCGAGUCCACCUCCACGAUGAUUUAUUUGUUGGACGAGUUUUGCACAAUUGGUAAAAGCUCUGCAGUGAGGGGGUCCUUGAGGGGGAAGUUGUUUUCCUGCGUUGUGCAUCGCGUCUUUGGUGGGGGUAGCGGCGUGAACGGCGGUGCUAAGAACCUGCAAGGAGGAAGCACCCUAACCCUGGAGGAGUCGCUCCUCCUGACCAAAGCAGCGGAAGGGCUUGUUAGCCGCAAAAAGGAGGACUACCCCAGCAUCGCUAACCAAGUGAGAAGGAGAAGCUUCUUCCUAAUCAACUGUGAUGAGGAAGUUUCUAUCCCAUUUGAACACCUCGAUAGGUACGUCCAAAAUGUGCUGUACAAGAUUUCUCUUCUAGGCAAGGUUAGAUAUAGAGAUGCCCCCCUUUUUCUGCACCUGCUGAAGUGCUGCCUGCUCUGCUCAGUGCACUUCUCCCUUAAGGACAUUUUGCUCCUCCUGAGGGGGCUGUACCACUGCCUUUACUUUUUUACGAAGGAGAAUUACGUCCUUUUGGAGAAUGUGCUGAAUUAUUUGAGCGCCCUGACGGUGCUGCAGUGUCGGUUGGUGGGCAGGAGGAAGGAGCGCGCGCGUUAUCGCGCAGAUGUGGAAAAAAUUAUGAACCGUUCAGGGGUGGACAAAAUUAUGAACCGUUCAGGGGAGGACAAAAUUAUGAACCGUUCAGGGGCGGACAGACUUCUGAACUGCUCAGACGCGGACCAACUUCUGAACCGCUCAGGCAGCUUGCUCAGCAGUGAAAAUGCCACGGGGGGGAUGGUUGACCAAAUGGGGUGCAGCGAGUUGAGCGAGGCGUACAGGAAGAUCGAGCGGGUGCUGGAGACGAACUGGGCAUACCUGAGUGGGGGAGGCGACGAGGGGGUAGACGCUUCAGAUAAGGUUGCUACCCUAGAGGAGGAGGUUAACUCUUCAGGUAGGGUUGUUACCCUAGAGGAGGGGGGCAUCCUCUCCAACAGCAGGCGAACAAAAAUAUGCCCAGGAGAUUGCUGCACCUUGUUGUACUAUUUGCAGAGGUUAGGUUACGUGAACAAGGGGGUCGUUCGAGUGGUCCUGUCCAACCUGUAUGACCAUGUGCAUGCGUUGAAGAGCGAGCAGAUUCUUAAGCUGGUCAGGGGGCUCAGCAUUAUCCGCAACGUAGACACGGAGUUCAGCUCCUUCAAUUCGGUUUUUAAAAGGAUUUUACUUCGGUUUGUGGGGUCUCACCGGGGGGGGGCAGAAGUGACGAGGGCAGAAGCGAAGAGGGCAGAAGUGAAGACCGAAGAAGUGAACACCGCUGAGCUGAAGACGGACGAACCGAUCAAGCUGCUGUACCUAGUGAGCAAGCUCUCCAUAAAGGUGGACCACAGGAAUGCCCUCAUAAGGAAAUACCUGCUGGUUUUCCUGGAGCGUCAGUUGGGGGAGGGCUCCAUGGGCGUUCCUCAGCUGGAGCUCUUGAUGAGGAGCUUUAAAAAUAUGUACCCCUACCGGUACGUGUGUUUGUUGGAGUGCUGCUUGAGAGCGGUCAGCCAGGCGCUCCGGGGGGGGGUACCAACCGAACAGCAGCGCAGCAGAUCACGCGAAUCGUCGUGCAACCGAUUGGGUGGCGAAUCAGUUGAAGGAGCGGCGCGACCCCCAUUGUCACUGCCCUUGCCGCUCCCCUUCCUGAAGAGCUACUUCUCCGUCGUGCCGCUGCUAAUCAACCCAGCCACCAACAUCCACUGCGGCGUGAACGACCUGUACAUGCGCACAAGUCGGGAGCUCCUCGACCAGCUGUACGAGCAGAUCAAAGCUGACGCAAAACUCAAAGAGGAGUUCAUCCCCGUGCUGGUAACUUUUGUAAAUCUCUCCUUCCGGGACAUCCCCUUUGUGGAGAGGUACCCCAACUUGAUGAUCGGCAUUUUCCAGAUGAAGCAGUUGAUUCCUCCGGAGCAGUUUUUCUUUUUUCUGUUGAAUGUGAAAUUUUUUGGGACGCAGAAGGGUCACGCCGAGGUGGACUCGCUGCUGCAAAACGUGGGCAGCCUUGUGGAGGCCCACCUGGGGGAGUCGCUACAAUGGGAAGGGGGGAAAUCAUCACCAUUAAUAGGGGCACCCCCCCCUCCACACGACUUCACCUUUGACAGGAAGAAGCUCGUCCUCCUGGACACGGAAGAUGAUAACGAGAUGGAGAUCAUCUCUCGGGAGUACAACCAUAUAGACCCCGCCGAGGUGCACACACGAGGGGAACGACCGACGGAGAAAAGAAGUCCUCAUCGUUCGGACUGCCACGAGCAUGAGGACCCCUCCAAGGAACGCAGCAAGCGAAGCAAGGCAGCCCACCACGAAUUUGAAAUCAUUUUGAAGAAAUAUGCCUACUGUCAAAACAGCCAGAAGGACAAAAUAGAAAUUACGAAGAACGUACGGAUGUUUUCCCAAAAUGUUAAAUAUGUGGACUUGAAAAAGAAAAUUAUUUUUGAAUUUUUGGAAGAGGAGAAUUAUUUUAAAGAAGUGGAUGAUGCCUCCAUCGAGGUUUUACCGUUUGUUUAUUUGCGUUUAUUUUUUUGGAGGAAAUUAAAUUACAGCUUAGUGAUUAUGCCCUUUUACGAGUGGCACAUGUGUUAUGGCCGCCUUGAGAGGGUCAAGGCCAUUUUUCAGAAGCUGCUAAACGUGGCCCGCGACGCCGAUUCGUACUUGCUCGAGACGGGGAAGUCUCGCGCGUUUGCUUCCGUCGGGCGAUACGAGUGA